GGAGGCUUGCUGAUGGUCUCCAGUAUCAAGGAGUGAUCCUUCCUAUCCGUGUCACAUCAGUGUCGAGUCAGAGGGGCGGAUAUUUUUCUGCUCUGCAUUCGUUGGAAGGAACAAACUGAACAUUUGGAUAAUAGUUCAGUGUGUUGUGUGAUAGCCAUGAGCUCGGGGGAAGGAGCUGAGGAGACGGCUAAGGACGCGGCCGACAUAGCGGCGUUCUUCAAAUCUGACUGUUCCGUUCCAAAAUGUGAACCCAGAAGUGAUGUUUCCAGUCAGAUAACAGGUUUCCGCAGGAAUGAAGAGAUGAAGGCGAUGGAGGUGUUGCCUAUCCUCAAAGAAAAAGUGGCUUUCUUAUCAGGGGGCAGGGACAAACGCGGCGGUCCCGUAUUAACGUUCCCGUCACGAAGCAACCACGACCGAAUACGACAGGAAGACCUGCGCAGACUCAUCGCCUACCUCGCCGGAAUCCCCAGUGAGGACGUGUGUAAACAUGGCUUCACGGUUAUCGUGGACAUGCGCGGCUCUAAAUGGGACUCCAUCAAGCCUCUGCUAAAGAUUCUCCAGGAGUCUUUCCCCUGCUGCAUUCACGUCGCUCUCAUCAUCAAACCAGACAACUUCUGGCAGAAACAGAGGACCAACUUUGGCAGCUCCAAGUUUGAAUUUGAGACCACCAUGGUGUCUUUGGAAGGACUGUCUAAAGUGGUGGACCCUUCCCAGCUCACGCCGGACUUUGACGGCAGCCUCGACUAUAACCACGAGGAAUGGAUCGAGAUCCGCGUGGCCUUCGAGGAGUUCACGGCCAACGCCCGUCACCUGCUGUCCCAGCUGCAGGAGAUGCAGGAGACGGUGACGCGCAAAGACUUCCCGCAGGACCUGGACGGGGCGCGACGCAUGAUCGACGACCACGCCACCCUGAAGAAGAAGGUGAUGAAGGCCCCCGUGGAGGAGGUGGACGCGGAGGGACAGCGUCUGCUGCAGCGCAUCCAGAGCAGCGAAAGCUACGCCAACCGCAGCGUCCCCGCCGGGCCGGGACAGGGCCAGGGUCAGGGCCAAAGCCAGCCCAACGCAGACACGCAGGGCCUGAUCCCCCGGAUCACGGGCUUACUGGAGCAGCUCCACAGCACACGCCAGCACCUCCACCAGGCCUGGCACGUCCGCAAACUCCAGCUGGACCAGUGCUUCCAGCUCAGGCUCUUUGAGCAGGACGCAGAGAAGAUGUUUGACUGGAUCAUGCACAACAAAGGCCUGUUUCUAUCAGGCUACACAGAGAUUGGCAACAACCACCCCCACGCCAUGGAGCUCCAAACCCAACACAACCACUUUGCCAUGAACUGCAUGAAUGUGUAUGUGAACAUCAAUCGGAUCAUGUCAGUGGGGAACCGGCUGUUGGAGGCUGGACACUACGCCUCACAGCAGAUCAAACAGAUCUCCAGUCAACUAGAGCAGGAGUGGAAGGCCUUCGCUGCCGCACUGGAUGAGAGGAGUACCCUUCUAGAAAUGUCCGCUUCUUUUCACCAAAAAUGCGACCAGUACAUGAGUAACGUGGACUCGUGGUGUAAAGCGUGUGGGGAGGUGGACCUGCCGUCUGAACUACAGGACCUGGAGGAUGCCAUUCAUCAUCAUCAGGGCUUAUACGAACACAUCACUGCAGCUUACUCUGAGGUGAGCCAAGAUGGCAAAGCCUUAUUGGACAAACUUCAACGACCUCUUACCCCCGGCAGCGCCGAUUCGCUGACGGCCUCAGCCAAUUACUCCAAGGCUGUUCACCACGUUCUGGAUAUCAUCCAUGAAGUCCUCCAUCACCAGAGACAGCUGGAGAACAUCUGGCAGCACCGCAAGGUCCGACUGCACCAGCGCCUUCAGCUGUGUGUGUUUCAGCAGGAUGUCCAACAGGUUCUGGACUGGAUCGAGAACCAUGGCGAAGCUUUCCUCAGUAAACACACUGGAGUUGGAAAGUCACUCCACCGGGCGCGAGCUCUACAGAAACGUCAUGAAGACUUUGAGGAAGUUGCCCAGAACACAUACACUAAUGCUGAUAAACUGCUGGAGGCGGCGGAGCAGUUGGCACAGACGGGGGAGUGUGAUCCAGAGGAGAUCUACCAGGCAGCACACCAGCUGGAGGACCGCAUCCAGGACUUUGUACGGCGGGUGGAGCAGCGGAAAGUCCUGCUGGACAUGUCAGUGGCCUUCCACACUCACGUCAAAGAGCUGUGGACUUGGCUGGAGGAGUUACAGAAGGAGCUGUUGGAUGACGUGUAUGCUGAGUCUGUGGAGGCAGUGCAGGAACUCAUCAAACGCUUUGGUCAGCAGCAGCAGACCACUCUACAGGUCACCGUCAACGUCAUCAAAGAGGGAGAGGAUCUCAUCCAACAGCUCAGAGACUCGGCCAUCUCCUGUAACAAGACCCCACACAACAGCUCCAUAAACCACAUCGAGAGCGUGCUGCAGCAGCUGGACGAGGCUCAGGCCCAGAUGGAGGAACUCUUUCAGGAGAGAAAGAUCAAACUGGAGCUCUUCCUCCAGCUCCGCAUCUUUGAGCGCGACGCCAUCGACAUCAUCUCAGACCUGGAGUCGUGGAAUGAGGAGUUAUCUCAGCAGAUGAAUGAUUUUGACACUGAAGAUCUGACCUUAGCCGAGCAGAGACUGCAGCACCAUGCAGACAAAGCUCUCACCAUGAACAACCUCACCUUCGACGUCAUCCACCAGGGACAGGAGCUGCUGCAGUACGUCAAUGAAGUGCAAGCGUCGGGAGUGGAGCUGUUGUGUGACAGGGAUGUAGAUAUGGCCACGCGAGUGCAGGACCUGUUGGAAUUCCUGCACGAGAAACAGCAGGAGCUGGACUUGGCCGCCGAACAGCAUCGCAGACACCUGGAACAGUGUGUACAGCUCCGCCACCUCCAGGCAGAGGUCAAACAGGUCCUGGGCUGGAUCCGUAAUGGAGAGUCAAUGUUAAAUGCUGGUCUCAUCACGGCCAGUUCCCUGCAGGAGGCUGAACAGCUUCAGCGAGAACACGAGCAGUUCCAACACGCCAUCGAGAAAACCCAUCAGAGUGCCCUGCAGGUGCAGCAGAAAGCCGAGGCUCUGUUGCAGGCUAAUCAUUAUGACAUGGACUUGAUAAGAGACUGUGCGGAGAAUGUGGCCUCCCAUUGGCAGCAGCUGAUGCUGAAGAUGGAAGAUCGUCUCAAGCUGGUCAACGCCUCCGUCGCCUUCUACAAGACCUCCGAGCAGGUAUGCAGCGUCUUGGAGAGUCUGGAGCAGGAGUAUAAGCGGGAGGAGGACUGGUGUGGAGGAGCAGACAAACUGGGACCCAACUGUGAGACAGACCAUGUCACCCCAAUGAUCAGCAAACACCUGGAGCAGAAAGAGGCUUUCCUCAAGGCCUGCACGUUGGCCAGGCGUAACGCAGACGUGUUUCUUAAGUACAUGCACAGGAACAGCGUGAACAUGCCUGGGAUGCUGAGUCACGUCAAGGCUCCUGAGCAGCAGGUCAAAAAUAUCCUGAAUGAACUGCUGCAGAGAGAGAAUCGAGUUCUGCACUUUUGGACCAUGAGGAAGAGAAGGCUGGACCAGUGUCAGCAGUAUGUCGUGUUUGAACGCAGUGCCAAACAGGCGCUGGAAUGGAUCCAUGACACUGGAGAGUUUUAUUUGUCCACACACACCUCCACAGGCUCCAGCAUUCACCACACACAGGAGCUGCUGAAGGAACAUGAGGAGUUCCACAUCACAGCUAAGCAAACCAAAGAGCGUGUGAAGCUGUUGAUCCAGCUGGCUGAUGGCUUCUGUGAUAAAGGCCAUGCCCAUGCUGCAGAGAUAAAGAAAUGGGUGACGGCCGUGGACAAGCGUUACCGAGACUUCUCCCUGCGCAUGGACAAAUACCGCACCUCUCUGGAGAAAGCCUUGGGCAUCUCCUCCGACUCUAACAAAGCCAGUAAAGACCUGCAGCUAGACAUCAUCCCCGCCAGCGCCCCGGGGUCAGAGGUCAAACUGCGGGAUGCUGCCCACGAGCUCAACGAAGAGAAGCGCAAGUCCGCCCGCAGGAAGGACUUCAUCAUGGCUGAGCUGAUACAGACAGAGAAGGCCUAUGUGAGGGACCUGAGAGAGUGCAUGGACACAUAUCUGUGGGAGAUGACCAGUGGUGUGGAGGAGAUUCCUCCAGGGAUUGUUAAUAAAGAACAUAUCAUUUUUGGCAACAUGCAGGACCUCUAUGAGUUUCAUCACAAUAUCUUCCUCAAAGAACUUGAAAAAUAUGAGCAGCUUCCAGAGGAUGUUGGCCAUUGCUUUGUGACCUGGGCUGACAAGUUCCAGAUGUACGUUAAUUAUUGCAAGAACAAACCAGACUCCACCCAGCUCAUUCUGGAACAUGCCGGAUCUUACUUUGACGAGAUCCAGCAGAGACACCGAUUGGCUAACUCCAUCUCCUCAUACCUCAUAAAACCUGUGCAGAGAAUAACAAAGUACCAACUCCUUCUUAAGGAACUUUUGACGUGUUGUGAGGAGGGUAAAGGAGAAAUUAAGGAUGGUUUGGAGGUUAUGCUCAGUGUCCCCAAGAGAGCUAACGAUGCCAUGCACCUCAGCAUGUUGGAGGGUUUUGACGAAAACAUUGAGUCACAGGGUGAGCUGAUCCUGCAGGACUCCUUCCAGGUAUGGGACCCAAAGACCCUGAUCAGGAAGGGCCGAGAACGCCAUCUCUUCCUCUUCGAAAUGUCACUCGUCUUCAGCAAGGAGGUCAAAGACUCCAAUGGACGCAGCAAGUACAUCUACAAGAGCAAGCUCUUUACCUCUGAGUUGGGCGUAACUGAGCAUGUAGAGGGAGACCCCUGUAAAUUUGCCCUCUGGGUGGGGCGCACUCCCACCUCGGACAACAAGAUCGUGCUGAAGGCCUCCAGUAUAGAGAACAAGCAGGACUGGAUCAAGCACAUUCGAGAGGUGAUUCAGGAGCGUACCAUCCAUCUGAAGGGGGCGCUAAAGGAGCCCAUCCACAUCCCCAAACCCUCCACGGCCAAACACAAGGGCCGCAGAGAUGGAGAGGAUCUGGACAGUCAGGGUGAUGGUAGCAGUCAGCCAGACACAAUCUCCCUGGCCUCCCGCACCUCCCAGAACACUCUGGACAGCGACAAGCUCUCUGGAGGCUGUGAGCUGACCGUGGUGAUCCAUGACUUCAUGGCUGGAAACAGUAACGAGCUGACCGUGCGGAGAGGCCAAACCGUGGAGGUGCUGGAGCGGCUCCACGAAAAACCCGAAUGGUGCCUGGUUAGGACCACCGACCGCUCGCCCGCCCAGGAGGGCCUGGUACCCAGCGCUAUGCUCUGCAUCGCCCACUCCCGCAGCAGCAUGGAGAUGGAGGGCAUCUUCAAUCACAAAGACACGCUGUCAGUCUGCAGUAACGACGCCAUCUUACCGGGCUCUUCCGCCACGCUCCAGCCGGGCCACGGGCUUCACGGCUCCCAGAGCUCCCCCGGGCCCAAACGACCCGGCAACACCCUGCGGAAGUGGCUGACCAGCCCCGUGCGGCGCCUGAGCAGCGGCAAGGCCGACGGCCACGUCAAGAAGCUGGCGCACAAGAACAAGAAGAGCCGCGACGUGCGCAAGAGCGCAGACGCCGGCUCGCAGAAAGACUCGGACGACAGCGCCGCUACCCCUCAGGACGAGACCAUCGAGGAGCGUGUGCGUAAUGAGGGCCUGAGCAGUGGCACGCUCUCUAAGUCUUCGUCGUCGGGCAUGCAGAGCUGUGGAGAAGAGGAGGGUGAGGAAGGGGCCGACUCGGUGCCCCUGCCUCCGCCCAUGGCCAUCCAACAGCAUAGUUUACUCCAACCAGACCCCCAGGACGACAAGACGUCGUCUCGUCUCUCGGUUCGGCCCUCUAGUUCAGAGACGCCAAGCGCUGCAGAACUAGUCAGUGCCAUCGAAGAACUGGUCAAAAGCAAGAUGGCCCUAGAGGACCGACCCAGCUCUCUGUCUGUGGAGCAGGGGGACAGCAGCAGCCCUUCCUUCAACCCCUCAGACAACUCUCUUCUCUCCUCCUCCUCGCCCAACGAUGAGGUCGAGGAACGCAAGACCGGCUUCCUCAAAAGACGACAUUAUGUGCUACUGGAGUUGGUCGAGACAGAGAGGGACUAUGUGAGGGAUCUGGGUCUGGUUGUUGAGGGUUACAUGACCAGGAUGAAGGAGGAUGGUGUUCCUGACGACAUGAAAGGAAAAGAUAAGAUUGUGUUUGGAAACAUCCACCAGAUCUACGACUGGCACAAAGAUUUCUUUCUGGGCGAGCUGGAGAAGUGCCUUGAAGACCCUGACCGACUGGGCCCUCUGUUUGUGAAACAUGAACGGAGGUUGCAAAUGUACAUUGUUUACUGCCAAAACAAACCCAAAUCAGAACACAUAGUCUCGGAGUACAUUGACACCUACUUUGAGGAUCUGAAACAACGUCUGGGCCACAGGCUUCAGAUCACAGACCUGCUCAUCAAACCUGUGCAGAGGAUCAUGAAAUACCAGCUGCUGCUCAAAGACUUCCUCAAGUUCACAAAAAAAGCUGGAUUGGAUAGUCUGGAUCUGGAAAAAGCAGUGGAGGUCAUGUGCAUUGUACCAAAACGAUGCAACGACAUGAUGAAUGUUGGACGACUCCAAGGAUUUGAUGGGAAGAUCGUGGCUCAGGGUCGUCUCCUCCUACAGGACACAUUCAUGGUGUCAGAUCCUGAGGGAGGUUUGCUGGGCAGGAUGAAGGAGAGAAGAGUCUUCCUCUUUGAGCAGAUUGUCAUCUUCAGUGAGCCCCUCGAUAAAAAGAGGGGCUUCUCCAUGCCCGGCUUCAUGUACAAGAGCAGCAUCAAGAUGAGCUGUUUAGGGCUGGAGGACAGUGCGGAUGGUGACCCCUGCAAGUUCACCCUGACCUCAAGAACGGCUAACGGCGGCACUGAGGCUUACAUCCUGCACUCGUCCCACCCCGGAGUACGACAGGUCUGGAUGCUUCAGAUCAGCCAGAUACUGGAGACCCAGCGCAACUUCCUCAACGCGCUUACUUCUCCUAUCGAGUACCAGCGGAACCAUGUGGGAGGGGGUGCGGCUGGUCCCGGUGGUGCUGCAGGCAGUGCUCAGGCUGGGGGCAGCGGAGGGCCAAGCAUGCCAUGUGUGGCCUCAGGCGGCGGCGGCGGCGGAGGAGGAGGAGGAGGGAGUGUCCUGGCGGGGCCAGGCUCUCGGACACGGCCGUCCCGCAUCCCCCAGCCUUCCCGCCUGCCCCAGCCCCUCCGCCACCACUCGCCCGCCCUGGGCUCAGGACCUGGCGAGUCUGACGGGCCAGACAAAAUAUCAGGUAUGUCCCCCCGGCCCCUCUCUGGGGGUUCUAAUCCGACACCCUCUACACCUAACCCGGCCAAUGUUUCUGAGGCUGACACAAACCGGGAAGCUCCUCCUAAGAUGAAGGUGUCAGGGAGCCCUCACUCUAAACGGACCGCUUCGGUCGAGAGCCCUUCCAAAGAGAACCGGGAAGGCCCGGGACCCAUUCCUCGCGCCUUGGUGAACCCGUUGUCCCUGAUGAAGCAACGACCUGGUACAGUAUCUCCAAUGGCCACCCCGUUAGCCACACCGGCCUUUGGCAAGGACAGUGGCCCACCCUGCAGCCCAGUGCAAAAGACAGCCGGAGGCUCCUCCUCAUCCUCCUCUUCAUUUUGGACGUCCAUGCCAGCAUCCCCGGCCAGCCGGCCUGGCUCCUUCACCUUCCCUGGGGAAGCUUGUGAGACUCUGGGCCGACAGAACCAGAACCAAAGUCAGCGGCACUCCAGCCACAGCAAGGAGGCUGACCGUAUGAGUACCUGCUCCUCUGCUAGCGAGCAGUCCAUUCAGUCAACCCAAAGCAAUGGGAGUGAAAGCAGCAGCAGCAGUAACAUCUCCACCAUGCUCGUGACGCAGGACUACGUGGCUCUGAAAGAGGAUGAGAUUAACGUGUGUCAGGGCGAGGUCGUUCAGAUCCUCGCCUCCAACCAGCAGAACAUGUUUUUGGUGUUCCGUGCCGCCACCGACCAGAGCCCGGCCGCCGAGGGCUGGAUCCCCGGCUACGUGCUGGGCCAUACCUCCGCCGUCAUCUCCGAUGCUCCGGAAGGCACCAUCAAGAAAUCAUCUUCAUGGCAUACAUCCCUUCGGAUCCGGAAGAAAUCAGAAAAACGAGAAAAGGAAGGGAAAAAGGAGGGCAAGCUUGAAAACGGUUAUAGAAAAUCCAGAGAGGGCUUAGCCAACAAGGUUUCUGUAAAGCUUCUAAAUCCUAACUACAUCUAUGAUGUUCCACCGGAGAUCCUCGUUCCCCUGAGCGACGUCACUUGUGAUAAGGGUGAGAGCGUCACUCUCAGGUGUAAGGUGUGUGGUCGCCCCAAAGCCACCAUCACCUGGAAAGGACCCGACCAAAGCACGCUGACGAACAACGGCCACUUCAGCAUAGCCUACAGUGACACAGGCGAGGCGACACUGCGUAUAGUGGGCGUGGCCUCAGAAGAUGACGGCGACUACACCUGCAUCGCCACCAACGACGUGGGCAGUGUCUCGUCGACAGCCUGUCUCAGAGUGUUGGGAACCUCCAGUGACGGACUACGGGUGAUGUGGAAGGACAACUUUGAGUCCUUCUAUUCUGAGGUGGCAGAACUUGGCAGGGGACGUUUUUCUGUGGUGAAACGCUGUGACCAGAAGGGCUCCAAACGGACUGUAGCAGUCAAACUGGUCAAUAAGAAACUAAUGAAACGUGACCAGGUCACCCAGGAGCUCAGUAUCCUACAGAAACUACAACAUCCCCACAUAGUCUGCUUACUGGACACGUUUGAGACCUCCAGCAGUUAUGCACUGGUCCUAGAGAUGGCUGACCAAGGCCGUCUGUUGGACUAUAUUGUGAGCUGGGGUAAUCUCACUGAGGAGAAAGUGGCUCUCUACCUCCGGGACAUUCUUGAAGCUUUACACUACCUACACAACUGCAGGAUAGUCCACCUGGAUUUAAAGCCUGAAAACCUACUGGUUGAGCAGAGCUCCUCCCAGCCCAAAGUGAAGCUGACGGACUUCGGGGACGCAGUGCAGCUGAACUCCGCCCAUUACGUGCACCCUAUUCUGGGAAGCCCGGAGUUCGCCGCCCCCGAGCUGGUCCUGGGGGACCCGGUUGCGCUUACGUCCGAUCUCUGGAGCUUGGGCGUGGUGACCUAUGUGAUCCUGAGCGGAGCUUCACCCUUUCUCGAUGAGAGCGUGGAGGAGACAUGCCUCAACAUCUGCCGGUUGGAUUUCAGCUUCCCCGAGGACUACUUCCAGGGCGUGAGCCAGGCGGCACGGGACUUUGUUUGCCUGCUGCUAAAGACGGACCCCUCCAAGCGCCCCCCCGCCGCCGUCUGCCUCCAGGAGCCCUGGCUGCGGCCGGGGGGAGGGAGACGCUCUGUAGAAUGCAUCGACACCUCCAGGCUUAUCUCCUUCAUCGACCGGCGCAAACACCAGAACGACCUGCGACCCCUGGGAGGGGUCCGGGCCUUUCUGCAUAGCAGGCUUCAGCCCAGGAUCUGAUCCCGAUUUUGAAAAAAAAAAAAACACCAAAAAAGCCAAUGAAUUAAUGACAAUCUCAUCCUCUUUCAGAUGCCAAUUUUGACUCUGGUAGUCCUUUGCCAAGCAAUCAGAAUAUGUGGUGAAGACCACCUAACCCAAUCAG